AUGGGAGGCGCGGGCGCGGGGCCGGACUGGCGGGACUCGCUGCCCUACUACUACUGCGUCAAGUUCGCGCUCUCGGCGUCCUCCACCCUCUUCUCGAUGAUCGGCCUUCUCAUCUUCUGUGUGGGCAUUUAUGCCGAAGUGGAAAGACAGAAGCACCGGACCCUGGAAGGGCUCUUCCUCGCCCCAGCAGUCAUUCUCAUCCUCCUGGGCCUCACAAUCUUUGCCGUUUCUUUUAUUGGCAUGGUGGGCUCCCUCCGAGACAACCGGAUGCUGCUGAAAACCUUCUUCUGGGUCCUCUUGGCCAUCUUCUUCACUGAGUUGCUGCUGCUGUUGGUCGAGAUCAUCUUCGAGAAGCAGAUGAAUGCAGUGUUCCAUUCCAACAUUCAGGAUGGAAUAAGGCACUAUUACGACGACUUGGAUUUCAAAAAUAUUUUGGACUAUGUUCAGCAAAAGUUUUCCUGCUGUGGAGGUGAUGAAUUCAGUGACUGGCAUGUGAAUCCAUACCAUUCAUGCAAUGGCAGUGGCCCUUUGGCCUGUGGAGUGCCCUACACGUGCUGUAUUAGGAAGGCACCAGGAGAAGUCAUGAACACUCUGUGUGGAUACCGGACACUAAAUCAAGAGCGACUGGAGCUGGUGAGCACCAUCCACGUACGCGGCUGCAUCCAUGCAGUGAGCUUUUGGUUCAAAGACAAUUUUGAAGCCACUUUAGCGAUUGUUUGCUCUUUGCUCCUCCCUCAGGUCUUCGGCUUGGUGAUGGCCUGGCUACAUUGGCAAAAGCUCAACGAGAUUCAUUCCCAAAUGGACACUGUGGACUUCAAGCAACUAGACUGGAGCAACUUCAAUUUUGCUACUCUGGACCUCACGGGGGCCGGUUGGUGCUGGUGUUUGCCUCGAGAAGGCGGCUACAUCCCAGUCUGUGACAAAGACGAUGGGAGCGAGGUGGAGACUGCCAUUAGCCACGGCCAAGUGUGAAGCCGUUAGGUGGCCGCAGUGCCCAUUUCAGAGAGACUGGUCAAUGCCAGCCUGCCAAAAGAGCUGUGGUUUGUUAAGCAAAGAGAUUUGUGGGCAUUGUGCUUUGCCUUCUGAAAUGUACACAACUACUCAAUAAUUGUUUUUGCAUACUAGGUUGCGUUUAAAAUUCAAGUAGGUUUUUUCCAGUUUUGAGACUCUUAACUUUUAAUACCUUUUUUAUUUUUUUAAAAAACCCUGAAAUGUAGAAGCUUUUUCGUUUUAUAGUUUUUACAUUUUAGAAAUUUAGUAAAAAAAAAGAACUUUUGUACACCAGAUCAUUAAAAUAUUACCCUGCAUUUUUCUAUAUAUUAUCUAGUAGAUGGUCCAAUUUUUUACACUUGUUUCAAAUUUAAUUAGUGCUUUAAUUAAAAAAAAAGUCUCUUGACGACUUUAAAGCAGUUUCUUCACUACAAAAACCCAACCAGUCAAGAAUCUUGUAAUGCAGACAUUUCCAGUUCUUUCCAUUUUACAGACUGCAGUCCUAAUAUCACCAUCAAAAAAUUCUGAGGAUGACUGUGAAAAGCAAGGAAUUGACAGAUAGGUAAUGAUAUAUGUGGAUGUCCAAAAUAAAAUAAAUCUUAUGUUUCCAUCUGAAAGAUUGCAAAACAUCCACAGAUGUGGCAAUCCCACAUUUUUUGACCCUUUGAAAAUUAACCUUUAUUCUGGCUCUCUCCCAGAGUGUUUACAUGAGAUGGUGGACCUGGGCCACGAUGUGGCGUCCUGUCACCAAUCAGAUGCACCUUAGUGACCCUGCUGUGGACAAGCAAAGGAUCUACAAUGAACUGUUAUUAGAGGAUAAAGUGUGUUACCUUUACUGAGCAGGAGCAGAGUGCCUGAAAAGGAGGUGCAUUCUGCAUUAGUGAAAAUUUCACAGCAACAUAGGCUGUUAAACAAAUAUCUUCCUUAGGAAAUGCACUCAUUUUGAAAAAAGGCCUGUGUUGACGAGGUACAGAAACUCUUGUAAAAUCUUGUUCUUUUCUAGUCAUGCUGCUUUUGAAUUUUGCUGUAUAUAUUCUUUGCUUCUGUUUUUCAUGAUUUGUAUAAGCCCCGAUUUGUAAUCCGGAUACCUUGAGAGUGUAGUGACUAUGAUCGAUUUUGACUAAUCAAUUGAUUGAUUAAAUAAAUAAAUGGUU